UGACGACAGGCAAACGGGAGGCGACAGGUGAACAUGUCGUGGAGUGUUGGGGUGCGGGAAGAUGAGGCGGGUGGUCGCACCGACAUCAGGGUGCGCGGUGGGGAGGCGCGCGAUCACAUUGCAGCGUACCUGGAGUACCGACAGCUUGUUGGCGACGCAGAUGGCGGCGUGCUCAUGACACCAGCUGAAUAUGAGCGCUACAAAGCAAAGCUGAAGGCGGAAGGCAAGUACAGGGAACCGCAGAAGCGGUCAGCAGGAAGGAGGAAAAUGACUGAAGCAGAAGAAAUGGCCUUCUACGAGAAGCGAUACCAAGAACGAAGGAAGCGGGAGCGGGAGCUGGCCAGGCAAGGGAGAAGCGAGCGCGCAGGGGUUGCGGCCGUCAUGGCCAAUGGCAUCCCGCUUGCACUGCAAGACAUGUAUCAACAGCUGGAGCUCAUGGACCCAGCACCGCCGCUACCACUGCCACCCUCCCACUCGUCCCACGCCCGGGGCAAGCCAGCUGGAAGCGGCACCAGUCGGUCCGCACCCGGCGCUGACGACGGGCCUGUGAUGCCUUGGGAUUGCGCGUUAGUGGAGCGAGACACCGCGGCGGCGCCUGCCUCCACAGCUCGGAGACGCGCUGUGCGUGAUGGUAAGAAAGAUCAAGCCACCACUCGCACGCGGGCAAAGCCAGCAGCGCAACCACAGAACAGACAACAGAACCGACAGCAGCGACAGCAGCGACAUGGCAGGGGCGAGGGGACGGAGAAGGAAGGAACUGCGCACUCGAGCCGAAAGCCAGCAGAGGACAACGGCAGUGGUCGUGGUGCGGGCGGUGGCAAUGCCGUUGGCACUGCAGUACGGCGACCGCAACAGCACCAGGCACGACCACAACAACAACAAGUGCAUAAUGGUGCAUCUUCAUCAUCAUCUUCAUCAUCAGUAACGGCACGAAGAGCGACCACCCCGCGAUCCCGCAAGACGGCCAACCUCACCCCCGCCUCUCGCUACACCAAGCGGUAGU